AAAUCUAUAAGAGCCGUUGGCAAUGUCGAUUCUCUACCUGGCUGGAGUCCAAAUUCAAGUCAUAGACUCCCGCCUGCUUCAGCAUCCCAAAAUCGUCUCUCUGAGCUAUUUUUGCUCGUCUUACCAUGACUGUCCUCGUCGACCACGUCCAUUACAACGAACUCCCUCUCUUGGGGAGGCGAAUAUCUCCCGCCAAGUCAAUACUUAUCUAUGCUCACCCUAUCUGCAACGCUAACCACUCGGACGAUUGUACAGGCCCCGCACGUCGACGACAUCAUCAACGGUCCUAUCCGCGAUGUCUUCCUCAAGCAUGCCGCUAACCUCGCCUUCUGCCUCUGCCUCCAGCACCGCCACCACACCGUCGGCGCCGACAAAGCCGUAGUCAAGGUCGAAGGCACCGCCCACUUGAUGGAUAGUUAGGCCGUCAAAGACAUCGUCUCCUCCGGGAACAAGGUCGUUCCGACGACUUGGAUGACUAAUAGAGUUUGCCGUCGUCCCUGCAGCGUAUGUCGUAUUUCU